AUGCAUAAAGAGCAGAAAUCUUUUAUGGCGGCUCAGAAGAAAUUCGCCAAAGAUGAGAGACGUGUGGCUCAGUUAAUGGCCAAAUUAGAAGCUGACCAAGCCAAGUUUGAAACUGAGCGCAAGACUGAGGAAUGGUCUGUUGCUGGCUGGAAAAGAAAGGCGGAAGCUGAAGCUGCCCUCCUCUCCGAGGAACGUAAAAAUUGGAGGAAGAUUUGCGAAAAAGAUAAUGCUGAGAAAGCAAACCUUCGUAAUAUUAUUAAUAACCUCAAGGCCGAGGUUGAAAAACUGAAGAAUCAGGAUGCGGAGGUAGAAAAAUUGAAGAAGGAGAAAACUGAUGCAGAGGCUACGCUGGAGGAGGCGCGUGCUCAUAGAGAACGAAGCGAGCAACGGGAGGUACAAGCUUUAACCACUCUUGCCAUUAGAGAUAAAGAACUAGAGGAACUUACUGCUUUAGUUUCUGACCAGGAACAACUGAAGAAGGACCUGGAGCUCGCGCAUUCCGAAAAUACUGAAACCUCCCGCCGUUUGGCUGAAGUUGAAGAGAAACUGGAAAAUUCAGAAACGGCGCGGGUCACAGCGGAAAGUGAGCUUGACCCUUUAAAGAAUGACUUGGCUUGGCUGAAGGAUCGUGGGAUUGCUUGUGUUGCUGAAUCUGUGUUGAAUUCUGAGGAAUUGGAUAAAACUGUUGCGAAUUUGGUGGUUGCUGCGCGGCGAGAUGGGUACGCGCAAGGUUACGCGGAAUGCUCCCAGCAUGUGAAUAGCGCGCUGAAGGUUACCUGGGAUGAUAGCAAAUCUGCUACCUUUGGCGUAGAUACCGCCGCUGUGCUUGCUUCUCUGAAGACAGAGUUUAACAAUUUGCAACUUCCAGUUAUGGAGUUGAUAAACGUGGCGCUGCAAUCGGAUGAUCCCGUGGCGCAGCUUAAAGAAAUCUUCCCUGAUGAGGGUGAAGAUUUAGAGUAG